UGUUCACAGAGGGCGAGAGGCAGCGUGUUGGUGGUGAGUUGUUGAGGUGCUCACAGAGCCGCUGGUAAUAUUCACCAAAACUCAAUCAAUCCUUGUCUUCCUACCGAGGCGGGCCACUAUUCGGUCAGCUCCUCAAGUUUCGUGACGGUUUCGUUUCAUUUUUUUCCUGAGCACCGACGGUGAGACUCCCCUGUUGAUGUUAAAGUUGUCGAUUUGAUUUUGAAGAAGAAUGACAGACCAAGGAGGAGAUAGAGACGUUCAACCCUCUCAACAGACAGAUACCACUGAGAAGAGAGUGGUCUCUGAGGGCAGUUUAUUGACGGAAAGCAAUGAUGAUUUGGCUGACAAACGACAUGAACAGCCAGCAGCAGAAUUAUGCACUCAAGCAUGUAAAAAUGAAUCUCUGAUGGCAGCUUCUGAAGUUUGUGUGAUAAAGCAGAAAGAUUCUAAAGUUCAGCAUGAGCUUGGUGUUCCAUCUCUACAGAGCACUGCAAAUGAAAUUAUUGGCAAUGUGCUGCCUUGUGUAACUCCAGUACCACCUGUCGCGCAAGGGACUUUGAAUGCUGUUCAAUCAAGUGAGCUCAGUACUUCUCAGGAGUGUGAGAUUACAUCUGCCACUCCUGCCUUGGUCACUGGUGAUCAGGAAAUGGAAGUUUCAGUGUCUGCUCAGCUGGAGACAUUAUCAUUUGAAACAGCACAGUUGAAAUACCAGGAAACAGAACAUACACAAGACCAACACUCAGGCCAAGAAAAUAACUUCCCACAGGUUGAUAUUACAUUACAAGACAGUGCAGCUAACGCAGAAAUUAGUGAUGAUGAUGAAAGCUCUUCAUCGGACAGUGACUCCGAUUCUACGUCGUCAUCGUCAUCAUCAUCUUCACUGUCCGUGUUUGUAUUGUCAGAUGGUGAAGAUGAUGAUCAGGAGCUUGGAGGAAAGAGAAAACCCCAACCAGUCAAAACAAAGGAUGAACUGCUAUUGGAGGAUUUGCCCAAAGUUGAAGAAGUAAAUAUUGUUCUUCCUGAAGAAGUAAAAAAGGAGCCCAUUGGGAUUGUCUCCAGUAUCAUUGACCAAUUGGUUAUUGUAAAAUCGCUGAAGGACAUGCCGCCAGUGAAUGAGGAAACUGUUCUAUUCAGAAAGGACAACGCUUCAGUUGGGAAGGUAUUUGAGGUGUUUGGUCCAGUUUCUCAGCCAUUUUACGUUCUACGUUUCAAUUCUACUGAAGACGUCACUGUUAAGGAAAUAAAGCUACAAGAGAUGCUUUAUUUUGCCCCUGCAGUGAAGGAUUUCACUCAGUACAUCUUUGCAGAGCAACUCAAGCAUGAGAAAGGUUCUGAUGCAUCUUGGAGAAAUGACCAGGAGCCACCAGCUGAAGCUCUGGAUUUCAGUGACGAUGAAAAAGAAAGGGAAGCAAAACAAAAGAAGAAAAAGAAGCAACAAAAUCAUGGAGAUAAAAAUACUCGAUCUGGUGGAAAGGAAGGUGGACAAGCACAACAACAAAAACAAGUUCGUUCAACGUAUGGGAGAGGAUUUCACCACAGUCCUGGUCAGGGAUUCCGUCAUCAUUCUUCAACCAGAUUUGAAAGUCCAACAGGUUAUGGGUUUCCUCAGCCACCAGGAAACUUUGGAGCAUCGUUUAACCAGAGGUCACCAUUUAGACCUCCAGGACUUCAACCAUCUGACAAUAUGAUGCGUUCACAGCCAUUAAUGUCAUGGCCUUAUACUCCUCCAUUUUGGUCUCCAGUGCCGAAUGAAAUGCAUCGUUUCUUAACUCCACCACCUCCGCCACCACCUCCUCCUCCUCCUCCUCCGCCCUCCCUUCCACUUCAGCCAAUGAGCCCAGACUGGUCAGAGCCUAACAUGAGGCACACUACUUGCUUUCCAAAUGCUCCCCCCUCUUGUUUUUCUAAUGCGCCUCCUCACCCACCAAAUUCUCAGCUCCAUCCACAAGGCUCACAAGACUUUGUUUAUAGACCUGGCUAUUAGGAAGGCUCAUGUUUGCAAACUUUCUGAUGUACAUGAAGUUUAUAACAAAUAUCAAUUAUCAUUCUCAGUUCAGACAUAGAUAGAAUUGGGUGUAAAAUUUUCUGACAGUAUUCAGGAGGGUAAAGCAGCUAAGAGCAUGGUUGUGCUCAUUGAAAUAGCAUCAGUUAAUGAUAAUUAUGAUCUAAUAAGCACUGUUCACAUUGAGUCUCUGCUUCCAAUAACCAUUUGAAGCAAGCAAAAUCUUACAAGUAAAAACAAGUGCAGAGCUAUGUCCCUUGUGUCAUCUUAAACUUAAAGAACUAGUUUGCACUUACUAAUUAUGAAUGCUGUCUUUCCUGAUGUCUGCUCUUGUUAAACUUCAGUGGAAAGAGGUACUGAUUUUGUCCAUGUUAUAGAAUAAAUUUGACUUUUCUUCAUAUUUCAGCUAAUAAAUUCAGUCCCGUACAGCAAUACUUUGUAUGUAUCAUUCUACUUGUUCAGAAAUGGCACUUUGGGUGUGAAAGGCGUCUCUGUCAGGCCAAAAUGAGUCCUGCAGCCUCAUUUGUAUCUCAAACAAUGUUUUUCUCCAUUUAGGAUUUUGAACAGGAUGCAAAAUGAUCUGCUAAUUUGGUAUUACUCAUUUUGUGUUGCUGCUAAAGACCAAUUUAAUCUUAUUUCCUGAGCAUAAAUUGUAAUGCUGUAUUUUGUAAAUACAGAAAUUUUGUGUAACUGGUGUUAAAUUAGUCAGCCAAUACAUUUAGCGAACUUUACAUCUUCAGAAAAUCCCGAGUGUCACUUCUUUACCCCUCAAAAUGGUUGGCUGUGAAAUUGAGUAAAUUAAAAAUAUUUUAAUAAAGGUGUCAAGUUCUUUCUUUAAUAUUUGUAUUUGUCUUUUGACAUUGAAUGUAAGUUUAAAGAGAAUGGAAUUGAAAAUUAAAUUACUUCACAACUUU